CAUGAAACCAUCCGGCUAGUGAGCCAGGUCCAAGCCAUGGAGGACAAUGUUGACAAUCGUGAGUUAGACUCACCAACCCAAGACGAGCAGUUCCAUCGUGGCCAUCCUGCCGCCUUGUCAGACAACAUUCAACACCUCCUACCACAGAUCUCUACUGUUCACGAUUCCUCCAUUAGCAGCCAUACUCCUCUACGAAUUUGUUCCCCCACAGCCGCGCCAUGGGACGCUCCGGUGGCGCAUUCUCCGAGAGAUGAAAGACGAACGAGUGAUGCGUCCGAGGCCGAUAUUAUUUAUACAAGCGGGAGAGAACCAUUAACAGAAGUACUGUCCGAGGCUGUAGCUACUGCUGUGACAGGUCUUGCGGAUGCGGGCGGAGAUGUGCGAGCACUAGCGGGCCGUCUACGAAGAGAUCCAGCCUUGUCGGAAUGUGAACUCACUCGACGCCGCGUUCGAGCCUAUCAUGCCCGUCAACAUCCGUCAAGGAUGCCACAGACUGCGCAGUCCCGGAAUGAUGAUAUUUCGUCAAAUUAGGUCAAUUCAGAAAACCUGUGUUCCGAUCAGGGUGAUCAGCAUUUUGUAUACGAUGAUCCGAAUAUGCCUGUUGAUUCCCAUCAGGGUGGUGACGCGCAACAUGCGGCAAGGUAUUGGAACCAAAUUAGUCCCAGCUCUCUGGUUUCUUCUGCAACCUCGGACUUAGGUCUCGAUCCGUUAAAUACUGACCAUUUCUACCCCAUCUACGGCGAUGAUUCCCGCUCACUUUCGCCUGAUCGCUCGAUAAGGGAGUGCCCAACGUCCCCAAUCGGUGUCGCCGACCGAGUACCGGAAGAUCUUCCUUACCUCAGUCGCUUUAUUGAAGGCUCUUCGAGCUCAGGAGACACGGAGUAGUCUUAAAUUUCUUAAAUCGCAAAUCACAACAUACAAUCG